AUGCCUGGCCCGAACAUAACCCUUUACACUGGACAAUCGCCAAAUGGAGUCAAGAUAUCCAUCACGCUCGAGGAACUGGGCCUGCCCUACACUGUCCGAGAGGUUAAUAUGAAAGUGAACGAGCAGAAAUCCGACUGGUUUGCCGAGAUCAACCCCAACGGACGCAUCCCAGCCAUCACGGAUACCUUCGACGACGGCGAAACGAUCAGAGUCUUCGAGAGCGGCAGCAUCAUGCAGUACCUUGUUGCACGCUACGACACGGAGCACAAGAUCAGCUAUCCUGUCGGAACGAGGGAACAUGUGGAGGUCAAGCCAACCACUUCAUCCGGUACGUCGAACUGGAGUGUGGAAGGGUUCUCUGAGAGACACCCAAGGUUUCAAGCCUCUGCUUCGCCACGAGACCAUUCCAUUUUCAUUCCAACUGUCGAGACACCUACUGACUCCUCCACCCAUUACUUCAGCUACGCAAAAGACGAUCACGAGUAUGCAGCAACACGCUACCAGAACGAGGUGAAACGCCUUUACGGCGUCCUGGACAAACACCUUCGAGAUGUCGGCAGUGAUUACAUUGUGGGGAGCAAGAUGACCAUUGCGGAUAUAGCGCACUGGGGCUGGAUCACUCUCAGUCGAUGGGCCAAGGUCGAAUUGUCAGACUUCCCAACUCUGAAGGCUUGGGAGGAGAGGGUGCUCGCUCGUCCGGCCGUUGAGAAGGGUCGCCAUGUGCCGGACAAGCAUCAUAGGGAGAUUCUGCAGGACCCGAAGAUGAUGGAGGAGUUUGAGAAGCGUGGCAAGGCUUUCUAUCGGCAGAAGGAGAAGGAGGCUGCAGAGGAGAAGGCGCAUGCAUGA